AUGUUUUUCUUUCAAGGUCAAUGCCACUCCCAGCCAAAUCCGGCCAUCUGCGAGAGCUGUCGAAUUAACACGAGCCCCAUUCUCCAUACUCCAUUCGACUGCAAUCAGGAUCCACGAAAGAAGCAGAUCAGAGUGAUCGUUCCAACAAGAAUUGCCCCGCCGCCUCCAAUCAAAGAAGCCAGUUGUCCCAAUCUGCCACAAAUUCGGAUUCACGAUCCACUGGUCUUCUCGGUCAUCAGUGAGCAGACUGAACAAGCUUCUACUUUUCCAACCGAUAUCCCAGCUGCAGAAACUGCUCCAAGCCAGAAAUUGAAUUCCGAAUGCGGCAUUGAGAAGAAGCAGCCAACAGUCACAGCUCCGGUCACAAUAGAUUCUAGCUCAACUGCCGAGCAAGAGCCACCACAGAAAACCCAAUCGACUUCUGUCUUGCCAAAUGUUAGCCCAUUUCCAACGCCUCCCCCGGUGCCGCCAAAGCCGACACAUUUGAUGGCCAGAAUGGAUAGUCAGUGCUCCGGCCAACAGGCAAAGACAUCAUCGAAGGCCGAAAACCCGGUAUCCUCGGCUAAGCCGGAUGAAGUUUUCCAACAAAUGCCAGUUUCCGGCAGCUUUUCUAUUUAA